AUGUUAUCGUUCUCCAAGAUCGCCUCUUUCGCUGUUCUUACUUUGAGCACCCUCGCCUCCGUAUCUGCGAUCCCGGUAGUCCACCACGAUGCACGGCAGCUCGUCGACAUUCCCAUAAUCGUAGACCCCACCAUCGCCCCCGUGACGACCAUCACAGCGCGCGAUGGCUCACAAAAUCUCGCGUCCAUCUUCGCCAACCUGCACGCGGCGCUACAGCCCGUCCUGUCGGGCCUCUCCUCGACCAAAGAUCCAGUGGCGUUGGAAUCCGGCAUCGCCUCAAUCACCUCGCUCAUCCAGUCCGCGAGCGGCUCCCUUUCCGCUCUCUCUGGCCAAUCUCAGUCGCAAAUUUUCGCCAACCUUGACGGCACUGGCGUGCUCACCACCUCCGACGUCGCGGGCCUCCUUGGAGGGGUUCUGACUAACGUCUUUGGCACCCUCGGGCCGCUCACUUCGGGCACGGACGCGAUCGCCUCGCUCGACGUUCUCGAUCCUCUUUUGGGUGUAGUGGUCAUCUUCUUGAAUGUUGUGCUCGGCCUCGUCGGCGUGGCGGCAUUGGCGCUUGUUGGUUCUCUCCUGCCCCUCAUUCUCGUGCUUCUCCCCUCGAUCCUGAACAUCCUACUCCCCAUUAUUUUGGGCCUGAUUGUGCUUUAA